UUUGAGAAAAUGGAACGAACAGAGAUGAAGAAACUGCUUGCCAAAUAUUCCAUCUGAUUAGCUACAAACUCAGCAACAUUAUAUAUUAACAUAUUAUUUGAACUCUACUGUGAGACAGCACAACUAUGAUAUCACGCCUACUUCUAGUCCUCCUUUGGAUUUCCACACCCAACCCUUGUCACACUGAACUUUACUUUAAGAGGACUCCUGAUGAUCAACCUAAAGAAAUGCUACAACAUUUCUCAGUCAAUGAUGGUAAACUGUUAAAUCGGCAUAAACGAGGCUGGAUGUGGAAUCAGUUCUUUUUACUGGAAGAGUACACUGGAUUGGAUUAUCAAUAUGUUGGCAAGCUUCAUUCAGAUCAAGAUAAAGGAGAUGGAAAUCUGAAAUAUAUACUCUCAGGGGAUGGAGCUGGCACACUUUUUGUUAUUGACGAGAAAACAGGUGACAUUCAUGCUACACGACGGAUUGACAGAGAAGAAAAAGCCUUCUACACCUUGCGUGCCCAAGCAAUAAACCGAAAGACAUUAAGACCUGUGGAACCAGAGUCUGAAUUCGUCAUUAAGAUACAUGACAUAAAUGAUAAUGAGCCAACCUUUCCAGAAGAAAUUUAUACUGCCAGUGUCCCUGAAAUGUCUGAUGUUGGUACUUUUGUGGUGCAAGUGACUGCAUCGGAUGCAGAUGACCCUUCUUAUGGAAACAGUGCCAAAGUUAUCUACAGCAUACUACAGGGACAGCCAUAUUUUUCUGUAGAACCUGAAACAGGUAUUAUUCGAACUGCAUUGCCAAACAUGAAUAGAGAAAAUAGAGAACAUUACCAAGUGGUUAUUCAGGCCAAAGAUAUGGGAGGCCAGAUGGGAGGAUUAUCUGGGACAACCACGGUGAACAUCACUCUGACUGAUGUCAAUGACAAUCCACCUAGAUUCACACAGAAUUCCUAUCAUCUCGGUGUCCAAGAAUCAUCUGCCAUUGGGACAGCAGUUGGUCAUAUUAAGGCAAUUGAUGCUGAUAUUGGUAAAAAUGCUGAAGUACAAUACAGAAUCAUAGAUGGAGAUGAAAUGGGAAUGUUUGAGAUAAUAACAGAGAAAAGUACACAGGAUGGUGUCAUAACCAUUAGGAAGAGAUUGGACUAUGAAAGCAAAAGGUUAUACACUUUAAAAGUGGAAGCUAUGAACACACAUGUAGAUGCUCAUUUCUAUUAUCUUGGACCAUUUAAAGAUACGGCUACUGUGAAAAUUUCAGUGGAAGAUUCUGAUGAGCCACCAUUGUUUAGUCGACCUAGCUAUAUGUUUAAAGUACAUGAGGAUAUUGAAGUGGGCACGAUUAUUGGCACUGUAAUGGCCAGAGAUCCUGACACUGUUUCCAGUCACAUCAGGUUUUCAUUGGAUCGCCAUACUGACCUUGACAGGAUAUUUAAUAUACACUCAGGAAAUGGAUCAAUUUAUACAGCAAAACCUCUGGACCGUGAAAUAUCCCAGUGGCAUAAUCUUAGCAUCAUAGCUACGGAAAUUAAUAACCCAAAGCAAACUACACGGGCUACAAUUUACAUUCUAAUUUUGGAUGUCAAUGACAAUGCACCACAAUUUGCAAUGUUCUAUGAUACAUUUGUGUGUGAAAAUGCAAGAGCCGGACAGUUAAUUCAAACAAUAAGUGCUGUAGACAAGGAUGAACCCCCUGGUGGGCAAAAAUUCUUCUUUAGUUUGGCAUCUGUUAAUCCAAACUUCACUGUACAGGAUAAUGAAGAUAACACUGCUCGAAUAUUAACAAGACGAAAUGGUUUUAGUAGACAUGAAAUAAACACAUACCUUCUGCCAGUAGUCAUUUCUGACAACGAUUACCCAAUCCAAAGCAGCACUGGGACAUUAACUAUCAGAGUGUGUACUUGUGAUAGCCGAGGUAACAUGCAGUCCUGUAAUGCUGAAGCCUUGCUCUUACCUGCUGGACUUAGUACUGGUGCUUUAAUAGCAAUUCUUCUUUGCAUCAUCAUACUGCUACUUAUAGUGGUACUGUUUGCGGCUUUGAAAAGACAGAGAAAAAAAGAACCUUUGGUAUUGUCAAAAGAGGACAUCAGAGACAACAUUGUCAGUUACAAUGAUGAAGGAGGUGGAGAAGAGGAUACGCAAGCUUUUGAUAUUGGCACACUACGAAACCCUGGUGCAAUCGAGGAUAAAAAACAUAGAAGAGAUAUAAUUCCUGAAAGUCUAUUGUUACCACGGAGAACUGCUGGUGUCCCAGAUAAUACGGAUGUCCGUGAUUUUAUUAACCAAAGGCUAAAAGAGCAUGAUAAUGAUCCAACUGCACCACCAUAUGAUUCCCUUGCAACUUAUGCAUAUGAAGGCAAUGAUUCUAUAGCUGAAUCCUUAAGCUCUUUAGAAUCCAGUACUACAGAAGGGGACCAAAACUAUGAAUACCUCAAAGAAUGGGGUCCACGUUUUAAUAAACUAGCUGAAAUGUAUGGCAGCGGGGAGAGUGAUAAAGAUUCCUAACUUGAACAAUAAGUUAUCACUCUUUUUUCUUUUAUUUUGUUUGAUUUCAAGCUAAAUGGAAAUACAUUUGCGAGCACUUGGAAAAUAUUAACAUUUUAAAAUACCUUUUUUUUCCUGGCACUCAGCACAGUGUUAAAAUAAUAACAAUAAUACAUUAAAAACUUUUUACAGAAUUCAUUUCUUUCAUCAGUUUUUAUUCUAUGUAGAAUACCAGCUUAGCGUAUGGCUCAUAUUUGUCACAAGCCAUGGGUUUAAAUCCAUGGGAUUUAUGUUGUAUGUCAAUCGAAUGUUCAUUUGAAAAAACUUGAACAGAAGAACACUUCCUCAUGCAAGUUCAUGCACACAUUGCUUCUUUUGGUUACAUUGGCUGCUUUUCCAAUUGCAGCAUUUUUUUUUCUUUUCAGAAGGAACAAGGAAAUAAUGUCUUGAUACAUUAUGUACAUUAAAGGUUGAUGAAAAUGUACAUGUGAUGUUAGUGUGAUUUACAUAUGGUGAAGAUACAUGUUAGUACUAGAACUUCAUUUCAUCAAAUAGUAUCUUGCCAAUGUUUGAUAUUUAUAUUUUUGUAUUAUUUUUAAGAAAUAAACCAGUUUUUACAACAUG